AUGUCAGACGACGAGGCUGAUCCCGAGCUCCUCGCUCUCCUCCGCCAGCAUCUGCAGGGCGUCUCCAUCAAGGAUGAAGAGCCCGACACAGGCGUCCUCGCCGACGCCGAAUACGUCUACAACCACGGCAUCGACGUGGCCAUCGACAUGCGCUCGACCAAGCGCGCCGCAGAGACAAUCUACGCCCAGAUGCAGGAGAAGAGCUACUCCACCUCGACCUGGUCGUCGCACGAGCUGCACCCCAAGACCAAGGACGAGGCCACGGCGGCCUUCAUCUUCACCAUGGACCUGCUCAACUUUUCGUUCUGGUCCGAGUUGCCAGACGACGAGAGGUUUACCAUUGAGUACAAGGGGAAGCGGUGGACGGGGUACUGGAGCCUUGUCGCGGCUUUGCAGAGGGCUCUCGAAGAAGGAAUACCCAUUACGGAUCCUCACUUCUGGCAGAACGAGGACGAAUGCAACCUAGAGUCACUCAAACAUGUCUUUCGAUCCUGUACCGAGGAAGAGAUGCCUCUUCUUCAAGAGCGACUCGACUGUCUUCGAGAAAGCGGCAACGUGCUCUAUAGUAAAUACGACUGCUCUGUCGUCAAUCUCAUCUCCGCAGCCAACGGCUCCGCAGCCCAACUCGUCAACCUGCUCGCUAGAGACUUCGACUGCUUUAGAGACGAGCACCCCUUUGAGGGCAGACGCAACCCCAUCCGCAUUAUGAAGCGCGCCCAGAUCUUCGUCGCCGAUGUGUGGGCGUGCUUCGAGGGCAAGUCAUACGGCGAGUUCCGCGACAUUGACAAGAUCACCAUGUUUGCCGACUAUCGCGUGCCUCAAAUUCUCUCCACGCUGGGCGCAUUGUACAUUGGUCCGCAGAUCCACGCGGCAAUUCGGGAUAAGAAGAUUAUCGAGAGCGGGAGCCGGUGGGAGAUUCAACUCAGAGCAUGCAGUAUCUGGUGUGUCGAGUUGAUACGGAAGGAGAUCCAGAAUGCCCAUCCUGAUACACACGUCAAUGCCAUCUUGAUCGACUUCUUCCUCUAUGACACAAUGAAGGAGAUGGAGGCAGCGGGAGCAGAAACCAUUCCUCAUCACCGAACACGAAGCAUAUGGUAUUGA